AUGGCGGCAUCGGCAGCUCAAGACCUGAGCAAAGGAUGGGAGUUCAAACAGGCAGACUCGCAGGAAUGGCUGCCCGUUGCUCGAGUACCAACAAAUCUCCAUCUCGACUUGAUGGACAACAAGAAGUAUCGCACCCGUUUGCCUCUGAGCUGGCCGAUGAUCGAAGAUCCUUUCCUAGGCUUCAACGAGCUGGCCUGCCAAUGGAUCCAUGACAAGGACUGGAUAUACAGAGUCAAGCUGCCCUCCGUCUCAUCGAAGCACGGAAGGAAACAUGUGCUGGCUCUUGAUGGCCUGGACACCUACGCCACCGUCAAACUCAACGAUGAGACGAUCUUGGAAAGCGAUAAUAUGUUCAUCAUGCACCGGAUCGAUGUCACCGACAAGCUCCUAGCAGACAAGGACAACAUGCUGGAGAUCUACUUCAAGGCCGCAUUGCCGGAGUCACAGAGGAUCAAAGCUGCUCAUCCGGAGCACAAGUGGCUGGGCUCCAACGGUGAUAUGGCCAGAUUAGCUGCCAGGAAAGCGCAAUACCACUAUGGCUGGGAUUGGGGACCAGUACUUAUCACCUGUGGACCAUGGCGAGCCGUUCGACUUGAGACCUACGAGGCUCGUGUGGCGGACAUGAGGAUAGACUAUGAAGUCGACUCGAGUUUCAAGAAAGUUACCGGCUCUAUCACAGCCACUGUGGAGGGCGCUUCCGGCAAGACUGUUGAUUUCAGCGCCAAGUUGGAAGGCAACGAGGUCUUCAAAGGCACGGCAGAAGUCGACGGAGAUGGCAAGGCUACAGUUGAGUUCCACAUUAGCGAGCCGAAGCUCUGGUAUCCUCAUGGCUAUGGUGCUCAGACGCUGUAUGGUGUGACGGCAGCUGUGUCAAACGGUCAGGAGACAUUGGACUCUGUCACUAAACGGACUGGCUUCCGCAAAGGCGAGCUGAUCCAGGAGCCUGACAAGAUAGGCAAGAGCUUCUACUUCCGCAUCAACGGCAUCGACGUCUUCUGCGGGGGCAGCGAUUGGAUUCCAGCCGACAGCUUUACGCCACGCAUCACGGAAGCAAAGUACCGGAAGUGGCUUGAGAUGAUGGUGGACGGCUAUCAGGUCAUGAUCCGGGUCUGGGGAGGUGGCAUAUGGGAAGAAGAUGUUUUCUAUGACCUUUGCGAUGAGCUUGGUGUGAUGGUAUGGCAGGACUUCUUAUUUGGCUGCGGCAACUACCCUGCCUUCCCUGAGAUCCUGGACUCCAUUGAAAAGGAAUGUGUCUGUCAGACCAAACGCCUACGGCACCACCCCUCAAUGAUCAUCUACGCUGGCAACAACGAAGACUACCAAAUCCAAGAGCAAAACGACCUCACCUACAACUACGAAGACAAAGACCCCCAAAGCUGGCUCAAGACCGACUUCCCGGCCCGCUACAUCUACGAAAAGCUCCUCCCCGACGUCGUCGCGGCCCACUCCCCCCACAUCCCCUACCACCCAGGCUCCCCCUGGGGCGACGGCAAAAUCUCCUCCGACACCACGGUCGGGGACAUGCACCAAUGGAACGUCUGGCACGGGACGCAAGAAAAAUACCAGAUCUUCGACACGCUCGGCGGUCGCUUCAACAGCGAGUUCGGCAUGGAAGCCUUCCCGCACAUCGACACGAUCAAGCACUACGUCACGGACCCGAAGCAGCUGUACCCGCAGAGCCAUAUGAUUGAUUUUCACAAUAAAGCUGAUGGGCAUGAGAGGAGGAUCGCGACGUACGUCGUCGAGAACUUCCGCACGCAGACCGAUCUCGAGAAAUUCAUCCAUCUCACGCAGCUCAGCCAGGCGGAGGCGUUGAUGUUCGGCUACCGCGGCUGGAGGAAGCAGUGGGGCGAGCAGAGACAUUGUGGAGGCGCGCUGGUGUGGCAGUUGAAUGAUUGCUGGCCCGUGACGAGCUGGGCGAUCGUGGAUUACUUUUUGCGCAAGAAACCGGCGUAUUACGCUAUGCGCCGCGUCCUGGCUCCCGUAGCUGUGGCGGUGAAGCGGGAACAUCAUGACUGGAGCGUCGUCCACGCGAGGCCGGCGAAGACGUUGGGGUGGGAAUGUUGGGUGGCAAGCAGUAAAACCCAAGACACGGUUGGUACUGUCGAAGUCCGCUUCAUCAGCAUCGCCACCGGCAAAGAGAUCGCGGAGAAAUUGGUGAAGAAAGACCUCACCAUCACCGCCAACGGCACCACCCCCGUCCUCUCCGGCACCAUCGACAACUCCGCCUGCGAACCGCACGUCCUCGCCGCCCGCGUCUGGGUCGACGGCGAGCUGGUGAGCAGGGAUUGCGACUGGCCGCAGCCGCUGAAGUAUCUCGACUUCAGCGAUCGAGGGGUGGAGGUCGCGAGGAAAGGGGAUGAGAUUUUCGUUAGAGCAGGGAAGCCGACGAAGGGGCUGGUGUUUGAGGAGAGGGAGGGGGUGUUGGUGCAUGAUAGUGCGUUGGAUGUUGUGCCGGGGGAUGAGCAGGUUGUGAGGGUGAAGGGGUUGGGGGAGGGGGAUGGGGAUUUGGGGUGGACGUAUCUUGGAGCGCCUUGA